CGCGCGCGCGCACUGACGCUCAUAUAGGAGGAUCCCAGCAGAGAAGCGGGCAGCGAACGACGGAGCGCGCACGGGACCAGAUCGUUAACUUGUCAUUUCCCCGCCUCAUUCUCGUGCAGGUUCAGCAGCUGCAGCAACAGACCGGACUACCGGCGAAGAGCGAGACUCCUCCAGCACUCCAGACAGCUUCAGACUGGUCGUCAUCGCGUCUUUUACCCUGGAGACUGCGGAUUUUAUCCCUGAUCUUUUCCAGCGGAUACCGAGAGUGCACACCGCCUCUCCGAGAUAAACUAAGUCUACGGACAUUAAGUGCACUAUUUGUUUUCUAGCAGAGGGGGAAAAAUCAGUCUCCGUGAGUCAGGCCAGCUGUCUUCUCUGCCCUCUCCUCCAGUUUAACUGCACCGGUCAGACUUGGAAAGAGCAACAGCCUCCGCCAGCGCAUCGGUGAGGCAGAAAAGCCCUACAACAAGCUGCAGCCAUGGAUGAGAUGGACCUGCCCCAGAUGAAGAAGGAGGUGGAGAGCCUCAAGUACCAGCUGGCCUUCAAAAGAGAGAAGUCCUCCAAAACAGUGACUGAUUUGGUAAAAUGGAUAGAGGAUGGUGUCCCAGAGGAUCCCUUCCUGAACCCGGAGCUGAUGAAGAACAACCCCUGGGUGGAGAAAGGAAAAUGCAUCCUUCUUUAGAUUUAACCAUUUAAUGACCCUUGAAUUUCGACACACACGCCCUACAGAUGACCCCUGAAGCUGAUCCUGUGAAUGCACCGGCAGGACAGCGCCACCUAACCUCUCACCGUGAAUGUACAACAGCUGGCAAACCUAACCCUUUCCCCAAAAACACACCCCAAGGGCACAGAAAUACACACUGACAGAGACGCGCAUUCACACACUUAACACUGCAAGUUUAAUCCUGCCACGGCAAUGCAUAGUUUUUAUGAUACGACAGAAGUGAUCGAUACUUGUACUACGUGUCUUUAUAUGAAUAUACGACAACUUUUAUUUAUGCAGCUGCCAGUCACAAGCUUAUUCCCUUUGCAGUUUUUUUUCUUCCUAAAUUUCCUAAAUGCGUUAAAGAUGUGUAAUGGAGUCACGUUCUCACUGCCAGUCUGACUGUAGAUCUGCUGGGGGGAAUUUUGUUCCAUACUGGAAAUGACCACCAUUACAAUAUAACGAGUCAGACCCCUUUAAACUGAAUUAAUAAAGUCUUUGAUGAAAAAAAAAUGAACUAAGAACUGAUAAGAACCUAUAGCAAUUUGUAAGUAAACACAUCUCUUUUUCUUUUGAGAACCAUCUUUUGACCCCCUUUCAACCAAAUACAAGCUAAUAUAUUAAUAUGUACCGCGUCUCCAUUAGCCAGAUCACCAUUAGCAUCACAUUUAGCUAGAUUCACCAUUAGCAUGACCAUUAGCAUCGCCAUUAGCAAUAGUGGCGUGCCUUCCUUUUCCUAAGCUACAUGUAAAUCGCUUCCAGCUCUGCUCCAGUGCAGUGCAGGGUGACAGUGACGAUCCUGUACCUGUUUAUCCCGUCUUUAAGUCUGACGUCAUUAGCCGUGUCUGGGCCCAAACUCCGCUGCAGGUCCCAAAGUGAAACAAUCACUGCGUCAUCACUGAGAGUUAAAAACUGUCUAAAUUCUUUCAUCUGUAAUAAAAUGAUCAUUGUGGCUGCUCUACCAGGUGUAACAAUUAAGUUUAACAUCCAGGCAUCCAUGAAAAUAGAAUUUAUAAAAUUUAAUGGAGUUAGAAAUUAGCAGGGCGUUAGCUUGCUAGUUUCCAUCUAAAUAUAAUAUACCAUGUUCUGACUGAGGGAUUUCGGAAACAAAUUAAGACGUACAGCUCUGCUAUCACUUCCAACAUAAAUGAAGGCAGGAAACUAAACAGCAGUGACGUUUUUUAGGGUUACUGAAGUUGGGCUAGCUGGUAUGUAAUAGAGAUGGCACGAUACCACUUUUUUAUGUCCGAUACCGAUACCGAUAUCAUAAAUUUGGAUAUCUGCCGAUACCGAUAUGAAUCCGAUAUAGUGUUUUUUAAUCAAUAAAACUUUUUUUUUAAUAUCUUGCUGCAUUUUGUUUAAGUUCAUACUCAAGUUUAAAUAAACAACAACACUAAAGCUAUUCUGUUAUACCUGUAUGUAAAAAAUACACUGCGCCCAAAAUAUUUCAUAGUUCAGCAAUACUGAUCAAUCUAAUAAACUUAAACCUACACCAUCCUCCCUAUUCUGGUAUUUUAAAGAGUACUUAGCAGAAAUAUCAAGCAACCUAACUAAUAGGGUUGCAAACUCCCAGCAAAAAAAUAGGGAACCACCCCCCACCCUCCACCUCAUGAUGCUUAAUCGAUGUAAUCAACUUUAAUUUGAUGCAGGGUGAAAAAAAAAUGUACAGAAAUAAAUUAUUUUUCAAGAAUAGUUAAAUAGAUUCAACAUCUUUCUUCAACAGAAUUGCAGAAUUCACAGAUGGUACUUUCCCAAAGGAAAAAGUACUAGCUUACUAGGGUAUAUUAGACUUAACAGUUACUAUAUACAGUAAUGGACUUCUAUACAUUUUACAUCAGAUUAAAACUUUGGGUGUAAGAUUCAGAUAAUUAUUUAUUAAAAGCUAGAUAUUUUAAAUGAGAAUAAGAAAGAAAAGUAUGUCUUUGUGCCCCCUUUUCCCUGUUCAUGCCCUAUCGGCCCCCCUGGCUAAACUUCGCUAGAUCCGCCCCUGCACAGUUACCAGCCGUCAGCUACGUAGAAAAGGAUCCUGGUCUAGAAAGUAAUAUUAAAUAAAUUCUAACAACAGCUUAUCAAGCUUAAACGUGCUGCUGUUGUUCAGCCGCUGGUUUCAAUAAACAAACAAGAGAGACGGACUCGCGACAGAAAAGCCGAUCAGCUGAUCAUUAAGCAGUUUCACGAUUGAAGUAGCGGCAGGAGAGGGAGGGAGAGAGGCAGUCGCUCCAUAUAUCGGUUGUUAAGCUUAACGCAGGAACGCUUUACAAACAUUCAGAGAUGAACUUACACACUUGCUUUACUUCUCUCUGGGAUAACUUUCUUGGAGAUGAAAUGCUGGUUUGGUAGCCAGGCUACAAAUACACACAGCCGCUCUAUCACGUGAUGCAUACUGCUUCGACGUGCUACGGUUACGAGCCAAGUUAUGCCGUAUCGCAAAUUUUGUGAGGUGCUUUUUUGAUAUUUCAUGGAUCGGAUUACAUUUUUUAUUUCUCGCCGAUAUCCGAUCCAGUAAUUUAGGUCAGUAUCGGACCGAUACCGAUACAUAAUAUCGGAUCGGUCCAUCUCUAGUAUGUAAUGAUGUGCUAUGUGAUCGCUAGCGACACAGCUAUGUUAGCAUAAUAUAAACACAGUAAAGCUGGAGGAUGAACGCUAACUUUUUUUCACUCUAUAAAAGUUAACGUGAGGGUUCCCGAUGGUUAGGGACAAAUGCAAUCGCAUGGCAGGAUGCUGUAAACGGACCAAACUUCAGCCAGGAGAACAACUGAGAUAAUCCAUCCACAAUACGAGGUUAGUCAUUAAUUUACUGCUGCAUGGGCUGGGCUGUAGUUACAUCAUAAGGUUUUAAAAACUGAGCUUUAAAAUGAAUAGCGGUAAUAAAAACCGAGAGAGGCCGACAGUGAUCACUGACUAUUUUUAGGGGCUUUUUGAGAUUAAAUACAACAAGAUACAAAGCAUUAAAGCAUGUUAAAAACACAAAAGCCUUAUUAAACGCAGGGUAGUUUGGGCCCGGAAGCAGGAUUCAUCACGUCAUCACUUAAAGACCGGAUAACUGAAAAUGGCAGAGCAAAGACCUUUAGAAAAAUUGACCAAUGUGCUAACACAAAGAUACAGAUGAAACAUGUCCACGCACUGCUUUCCAAAGUAGUCUGCACAGACACAUUUCACUUCAUCUCAAGUGCAUGUUCAUUUAGCUUUUUGAGUGUCUAAUAGCUAUCCAAUCCAUCAACGAUGCAUGAAUGACUAUAGGAGGAAUAGCUUCAGCAGCACGUUUGCAUUCGUCUGCACGGUUGGUGUAGCUUACAGAGCGUACAGUAGUUACGUGUUAAAAAAAAAAAAACAGGAAAAAAGAUGUAAAAAUGUGCUUUGGGCUGCAAAGUAUAUAUCACAGGUAGAGAGCAUUCUGUUAUGCUGCCUGUGUGGGCAGCUGGUAUGGUUUAGUGUAUCUUUCUUUGUAUUUUUCUCCAUAUUCAAAGCUUUAGCUCGGAGGCAGUUGUAGUCCAUUACACAAUUACGGAGCAGGCCAUGACUGAUAUCUUGUCCUACUAUAAACUGCAAGUCUUUAUAGGUUCUCAUGGGGCACACAAGUCAUUAAAAAGCUAAUUCUAUAUCUACAAGUUUAAUUAACAAACAGUUACAGAUGAGACUUUUACACACAAAACAGACUCAUUUAAAUGAUUUAAAUGUGGAAACAAGCCUUUACAUGGUCUCUGUGACUCUGUGCAUAAUGUCUGUAGAGGUUCAGAACUGCCACACUCGAAUGCAGGGUGAAAUCUGUAUAAUGGUGCACACUUCCUGACAGUCUUUUCUCUAAGGCAUUCACAGUGUUCAGCUUGGUUAAGCUCUCACGCUAGAAAAGUGACAAAAGUAACAGAAGAAUGGAAAGAAAGAAAAAAUCAGGGAGAAGUGUGAAACUGGUGUACUUGCAAGCUUCGAAAGUCGGCGGACGGGUUCCCUUCUCAACACUCUGCUGGACCACCUUAAUGCAUAACGUAACAUAACACAUGAAACGUUCAUAAAAUAUCUCCCACAGACUAAUUUUACAGCCAGUGACCGAAACUCCAGCCUUUACGUGCGAUAAACAACUUGCAUGGACCCAAGAAGCUUUCACAGCUCUCCUCUCAGUGUGACUCCUGCAGGUUUUCAUAUGUAGUUUUAAAAUAGCUCAUAAAGCAUGGUUAUCCCAUCUAGUCCUGCACACAGUGUUGUUGUUGAGUGUCAUCGCAGCUCUGUUUGUGCUGUCAGAGCAGAAUGAAACUCUGGGUCUCUGGAGGGGUUUGAGUUCCUUCUCCUCCGUAGCUACAGCCCCUAAAGGCUACACAAUAUAAGCACACGCACACACAAAUACAGACAUGACAACCAACACAGAAACCUAUAUGCACAUAUUGUCUCUCUUGACACAUGUACAGACAGACCAGUUUAACUUAUUAACUUAUUUAUUUAUUUAUUGACAAGAUUUCUUUUUCACAUUUCUUUUUUUUCUUGUUUCCUGCGUCUCCGCUCCCUCUUCCUCAAUCCCCCCCUCCAAGAUUAAAACAAAAUAUAUCACAAAAACGACCAAAAACGACUUCUUCACCUUGCCGGAUCACCAUCUACUACUGCCUUGUACACAGUUUCCUUAAAACGAGAAUGUAAAUAUGUUGGCAUGAUGUCCAGACAUCGCCGCCGACUGCAGAACAGGCGGCGGUUGCGCGUGCAUGCGACUGUAACUGUGUGUUUGUGCGUCCAUGUUUUACAAAAGAAAUUUGGACUUUAGGCUCCCAUGUGUACUGUAAAGCACACACGCACAGCUGCAUCACACAGACACACACAUGCAGGCAGGCCUGAGGAGGAGCAGAUCAACAAAAUACACACGUACACUGCUUAGUGAGAAUGUGUAUGAGGGGAGGCGCGGCAAGGAUGUGGGAUUCUCUAAAGGACUCGGGACAGCGGAGCCUCAGGUCAUCCUCAUGAAUCUCUUCUUUUUGUGUUUUCUUCCCCCAAAUGCUGCUCCGUGAUUGGAUGGAUGUGCAGUAUUUUAUUUUUCUGACAUUAAAAACUCCAUUUGAACACAUGUGUUACCCAUAAAGAGCUAUUAAACAUGAUCGUCUUACUUUCUGUGAGUACAUAAAAGAGUCUAAUAUUAAAUCUAAUCUUUACUGAUCCCCCUGAAAUUGCUCUAAAGGUUUAACACUCACUCUGGGAAAGCAACAAAUGCUGGCCACUGCAGGCUAAAGUAACAAGUACAUGAGAGGACUCCUGAGUCUGCCUGUCCCUCGUCUGUUUUUUUCUGUCUAGCUACUGUAACUUUACUUGUUUUUUUUAAUAUACUCUGAACGUGGGUAUGUAUGUAUGUUAUAACUACUAUAAUGACAACAUAAAACCUUGUCUAAAUAUCUAGCAACAUAUUCCUCGUGAGAGUGGUUUGGAAAAAAGAUAUUAUGCAUCAGAUCAAAAUUCCUAGUGUAAAGAUGACAACGAGCAAUAAAUUGUAGAUCAUUUUUUUAUUGAAUGUUUUACAAAAACAUUUAUCUUAUCGAAUAAAGUAGAAGAUUUUUAGA